CAAACACUCAUAAACUUGGGGCGGCUUAAUCGAUUCUAAAAACCCCCCUUUCUAAUCACACCAUCAACGGUCUCAACAUCUUCAACUUCUUCAUCGAAAUCAAACACAAAACUCUUCAAAUUCAUCAAUUCAUCCCAAAAUUCCAACAAUUUCCACAUCAUAUCUUCGAUCUCUGUUCUCAAAUCUCUCUAAUUCGUUAAAAAAAACUUCAAAUUCACCGUAAAUCGUCUCGAUUUGAAUCAAUUUACGAAUCGAUUCACAAAUUGAUUCGCAAAAUUGAAAAUUAAAACCGUUGUCAAACGAUUCGGUUAUUGAAUUUGAAUAUUGGAGAACGAAAAGGUGAUUUGGUGAAGAGCGAUGUGGACGUUGACCGCUAGGUUUAUGAUGUGAUAUGGCAUUGGCGUUGAUAAUAAUAACUUACGAUGUCGUUUUACAUAGGUCGUGAGGCUUCUAAGCUUUGGAAGAGAAUUUGUGCGGAAACUACAACAGAAAUCAAUCUUCUUUUGGAGAAUUGGAAGUAUAUUUUAGGCGGUUUAAUUUGUCAGUACAUUCAUGGACUGGCAGCUAGAGGAGUCCAUUAUUUUCAUCAUCCGGGACCGAUUCUUCAAGAUACCGGGUUCUUUCUGCUUCCUGAACUUGGGCAAGAUAGAGCAUACGUCAGUGAGAGCGUAUUCACAUUCGUCUUUCUGUCCUUUUUCCUGUGGACCUUCCAUCCUUUCAUAUUCAAGAGUAAAAAGAUCUACACAGUUCUAAUAUGGUGCAGAGUCCUCGCGUUUUUAGUUGCUUGUCAAAUUCUUCGUAUCAUAACAUUUUAUUCAACUAUACUGCCUGGUCCAAACUACCAUUGUCGCGAGGGUUCACGGCGUGCAACACUUCCUCGUCCAGAUAAUCUCUUUGAAGUUCUAUUAAUCAUUCCUCGGGGCGUUCUUUAUGGCUGUGGGGAUUUAAUAUUCUCAUCUCACAUGAUCUUUUCUCUUGUAUUUGUUCGGACAUAUCAAAAAUACGGUACACGGAGAUUUAUAAAACAGUGUGCUUGGUUAGUUGUUGUGGUUCAGAGUUUAUUAAUUAUUGCAUCUCGUAAGCAUUACACAGUUGACGUUGUUGUGGCCUGGUACACAGUUAAUUUGGUCGUGUUCUUCGUUGACCACAAGUUACCAGAGUUGCCUGAUCGCAGUCUAGGCACAGUUUUGUUACCUGUGAGCAAAGACGGUCGAAUGAAAGAAGAAAACACUAAACUUGUGAACGGAAACUCCGGAGAGCCUGUGGAUCGGAGGAUGAGAAGUCAGGCCAAUGGGAAGGUGAAUGAAGAUGGUGAUAAUGUACACAUUGAAGUAGUGGAUGGUUCAUAGCCGCUGCUGCUGAUGAUGAUCAAACCGACUUUCGUUACAUGUUAUGUUGAUUCAAAUUCAAAGACCGCUGAACCCUGAUUUGUAUCUCUACGUAAGAACGAGGGUUUUGUUGCCGUGUUCAUUUUGGUUUUGAUUUUGAUUUUGAUUUUAAAUCCGCCUUAGUUGUAUUAUGAACUUGGUUUUUUUCUUUUAUUAGCAUUUCUUAUUUUUCAAACUGUUAAAUUAUAUAUAUUUGCUUAUUCAAUGGAAUGUCAAGUGUAUAUGGUUC